CGCAGGUGACAUGUUGCUGAGGGAAGCGGCCUGAGGAAAGGCGUAGCUCUCAAGAAGAGGAACCACUUGUGUUUUUUUGCAGCCGGGAAUCCUGGUGGCAGUCACUCUGAUGACUGCAACUAAGGCAGACUGGGUUGAAGCCAGGGUGAGAGACAGAUGUGGCCUCGGGAAGAAUGGUCCCCUUUGACUUCAGUGGCUGGAUUUCUGGUAGGUCAUGCUUUAGGACAAGAUGUACUGUUGAAGCAUCAUCUGCUUUGAUUCACAAACAGUGGAGCUUUUCAACUGGUACUCUCCCACCCCUACAGCUUAUUGAACUUAUGAAACCAUGGCGGAAGGAGAGACGGAGUUACCUGGGUCGAAAAAGUGUGGCCCAUAUAUCUCAUCUGUCACUAGCCAGAGUGUGAACUUGAUGAUUCGAGGAGUAGUCCUUUUUUUUAUUGGAGUAUUUCUUGCGUUAGUGUUAAAUUUGCUUCAGAUUCAGAGAAAUGUGACACUCUUUCCACCCGAUGUGAUUGCAAGCAUCUUUUCUUCUGCAUGGUGGGUACCACCAUGCUGUGGCACAGCUUCAGCUGUGAUUGGGUUAUUAUACCCCUGCAUUGACAGGCAUCUAGGAGAACCACAUAAAUUUAAAAGAGAGUGGUCCAGUGUAAUGCGGUGUGUAGCUGUCUUUGUUGGUAUAAAUCAUGCCAGUGCUAAAGUGGAUUUUGAUAACAACAUACAAUUGUCUCUCACACUGGCUGCACUAUCCAUUGGACUGUGGUGGACUUUUGAUAGAUCUAGAAGUGGUUUUGGUCUUGGAGUAGGAAUCGCUUUCUUGGCAACUGUGGUCACUCAACUGCUAGUCUAUAAUGGUGUUUAUCAAUAUACAUCUCCAGACUUUCUGUAUGUUCGUUCUUGGUUACCUUGUAUUUUUUUUGCUGGAGGCAUAACAAUGGGAAAUAUUGGUCGACAACUUGCAAUGUUGUCUGAUACACAAGAGCAAAAAUCUUCCGAGUAUUCUGUCAUCACAUGUCACUCCUAGAUCUUCUGGGAAUGUCUGCUCAACCAAAGUAUGACAGUGGCAGUUCUGCUGUGAAACAAUCUUUCUGCAUGUACAAAAGCUGGAGAUUUUCAGCAGGACAUUACAGAAAGACAAAGUGCUACCCCAUCACCUUAGGGUCAGUUGGAUGCACCUGGUAUGCAAAGUCUCUGCUCACUUGGCUUGGGAAAUCUGCAGACUGACAAAUUUAAGAUGAAGCUUAAAACUGUUUACCAAGACAAAUCUUUGUGGAAUUUUCAAUGCCUUAGACCUGGUGCACGUCAAGAUCAUGCCUGUCCAAGUGAAAACAAACCAGUACAUGUUGCAGAUCUUUCCAGAAUGUAUGUAAAAUUCACUUUAAAAUUGAGUCAGGUUGAGACUUUUUUUUCCUAAA